AUGGCUUUUUCUUUAGCACUUCCAGCCUUAACACUAUUUCUUAUAUAUAUUGCUUACAAUUUCUACCGCCGGUUGAAAGCCAAGCUACCGCCCGGUCCACGGCCGUGGCCUAUCAUCGGAAACCUCUACGACAUAGAGCCGAUAAGGUUCCGAUGCUUCGCUGCGUGGUCGGAAAUAUAUGGCCCUAUUUUCUCAUUCUAUCUAGGUUCACAACUAAAUGUUGUGAUAAAUAAUGCAACACUUGCUAAGGAAGUAUUGAAAGAUAAUGACCAAAAUUUGGCUGAUAGGUUUAGGACUAAACCAUUGGCAAAUGUGAGUAGAAAUGGGAGUGAUUUGAUUUGGGCUGAUUAUGGACAUCAUUAUGUGAAAGUGAGAAAAUUAUGUAAUCUUGAACUUUUUACUUCAAAGAGAAUUGAAGCUCUUAGACCAAUUAGAGAAGAUGAAGUCACUUCCAUGAUCCAUGACAUCUUUAGAGAUUCUACAAAGCAAGGUAAAAGCUUGAUAAUGAGGAGCUACUUGGGAUUAGUAGCAUUCAACAACAUAACAAGAGUAACAUUUGGUAAAAGGUUUAUGGACUCACAAGGUAAAGUUGAUGAACAAGGUAAAGAACUCAAAGAGAUAGUCUCCAAUGGGAUGAAAAUUGGAGGAAAACUUAACCUAGGUGACUUUGUUCCAUGGCUAAGUUGUUUUUUCAAGGAUGAUAAUGAAGCUCUUAAGGCUCAAGAUAGUCAUGUGGAUAGGUUUACUAGGGUUAUUAUGGAAGAACACACUCUUGCAAGGAAAAAAACUGGUGAAACAAAACAACACUUUGUUGAUGCUUUGCUCACUCUACAAAAGGAAUAUGAGCUAAGUGAUGACACUGUUAUCGGCCUCCUUUGGGAUAUGGUGACAGCAGGAAUGGAUACAGUGGCUAUAACUGUUGAAUGGGCUAUGGCAGAAUUAGUCAAAAACACAAGGGUUCAACAAAAAGCCCAAGAAGAAUUGGACCGGGUUAUUGGGUCGGACCGGGUCAUAACCGAAUCCGAUAUGUCCAAACUCUCCUAUCUACAAAGUGUAGUUAAAGAAUCAUUAAGGUUACACCCUCCAACUCCACUAAUGCUCCCUCACUUGGCUAGUGCUAAUGUCAAAAUUGGUGGUUACAACAUUCCUAAGGGUACAAUUGUACAUGUUAAUGUAUGGGCACUUGGACGAGAUCCUAAAGUAUGGAAGGAUCCUUUACAAUUUAGACCUGAAAGAUUCAUUGAAGAGGAUAUUGACAUGAAGGGACAUGAUUUUCGACUUUUACCAUUUGGUGCUGGUAGACGUAUUUGUCCUGGUACAAAUCUAGCUAUCAAUAUGGUUACUUCUAUGUUAGCUCACUUGUUACACCAUUUUAAAUGGUCUCCACCUAUUGGAAUUAAGCGCGAUGACAUUGACAUGUUGGAGAGUCCUGGAACUGUUACUUAUAUGCAAACACCUCUACAAGUUGUUCCUACUCCUAGAUUGCCUCUACACUUAUAUGAACGCGGUCCUAUCGUUAUAUAA